UUCUUCAGAAGCCAGUUGACUAGGGCCGGACUGGAAGACAAUCCACAGCAGAAGAUACAUCUCUGCUGGCAAUUUAGAGGAUCUACAAUGGAAGACCAAAAGGAAGAUCAGCAAGAUUACAAGUCAGAGAAGAUGGAAAUUUUAAGGUUGGCCCAAUCAAAGAGGAACAUUAUCAGUUUGAACACAGACCUUGAAAAGGACAUGCAGAAAAUAGAUGAGGCAAAUCAGGAGCUGCUUCUCAAAAUCCAAGAGAAAGAACAUGAGAUUCAGAAGUUAGAAAGUGAGCUCACUCAGAUGGAAGACUCAGCAAAAGAUGAGGAAUUGGAGAAGGAAAACUUUAUUGUACUGGAAAAGGAAAGAGUCUUGCGGCAGCUGGACGAAAACACAGCCAAACUUGAAAGGAAGAACGAGACUCUGGUCCAUAGUAUAACAGAACUGCAGAGAAAGCUUGCAAGGAAAUCACACAAGAUAACCAAGAAUGAACAAUGCGAUCUGGACAGCACCCCAGAAGAGUUACAGGUGAAGUUACAGCUGCUGGAAGCUUCCUGUGCAGACCAAGAGCAGAAACUAGUGAAGGUAAUAGAAGACCAUACCUUUGUAGUCCAGCUCUGUGCAGACCAAGCUCUCUGCAUAAAGAAGUACCAGGAAACCUUGAAGAAAAUAGAAAAAGAGCUAGAGACUCGAUUCCUUGAGAAAGAAGUGUCAAAAGUCUUGAGCAUGGACUCUGCGAAGAGAAAGUGUGAAGGCCAAAAUAGCAAGUGUGUUUCUGUCCCCAAAAUGGCAACAUGUUUGGGUAAAAGAAUUUGUUGCUGUCUCUUUUUCAUCAUCCUAUUUUUGGCGAGACUGCUGGGAUUCAUGCUCUUGCACAUAACAUUUAUAAAUCCAGAUCUCCUUGUCAACACCCUGCCAAAGAUACUGAGCAGGAGCAAUUUGUGGAAGCUGAGAUGUUUCCUUUUUCCCUCUCUCACGCUUGAGACAGAGGACCUGUUACCUCAUUGAUCCCAAGAAGUAUUCUUGCGCAACAGAAGGCAAGUUGGACUAAGGCCGUGGAUAAGAACUCGUGGAACUUGUGGAAUGAAGAGAUUUCCUCGCUUUCUUCUCCAAGCUUUGCCUACGUGAUGACUUCCUCUUCUGAAACAGUUGUCCAAGACUAACCUUGCCCAGUAAAGAGCUCUGUCAAUAGCU